AUGGCGACUCUUCUUUUGGACAUCCAGUCUUCUGUUCCUGCAGUUCCUCGUCCCAUUGAGCCAGCCAACAUUCACCGAUGUGACAUGGUUUCACAAGGUGGUGGUACACCCAAGGUCUGCAGAGGUGGAAUUUCAAGUGAUGCAGUGGUUAAUGAAAUGAGGGAAUUCUGGCCACACUAUAGUGAAUGCUUUUCCUUGGAGAGUUUGCCUUGGCCAUACAAGGGGAUCGAUCUAUGUAGGAUGCAGCAGUCCAUGAAGGAACUACGGUAAGCAAGUAGAAUAAAUUCUUUUACUUUAAGUCCAAAAUGUCAUUUCCCUCACCUGGUAUAAUAAGAACUGCAGUGUGACUGCUCUAUUUGCCUUGCUUGGUACAGACGAUUGGAGUUUUUGCUUUGCUUAUCAAUUUCUCUUUUCUUUUCCUGUAGUUUGGAUAUCUUACUGUUUGCCGUUUGUGUAGUGCAAUAAAUUUGCCAAGUUUUUACCCGAAUGGUAAGUUUUGAAAACAUCAUGCCUACAUAAUGUCCCUAGAUAUGCAAUUUUUACACAAGGUAGUAUGUUGAAUAAUGUAGCAUCCAGUCGGGAGUUUUUACUUACCUAAACAUAUCUCUUUUCUUUCCAUGUAGUUUGGAUACCUUACUGUUUACCGUCUGUGUCGUGCAAUAUAUUUUUCAAGUUUUUACUCUCUAGUAUGUUUUUAUUUUGAAAACAAUUUCUUAUGCCUAGAGAAUGUCCCUAGAUCUGCCAGUUUGGCAUAAGCAAGUAUGUUGGAUAAUGUAGGAGCCUCUGAAGAUAUUUUACUUUGCUAGGUUAUAAUACAUCCAACAUUUAAUUUUUGUUAGUGUUUGCUGAACGUCCAUACUUAAGCGACUACCAUGAUGACUAGUAAGCACAUAAAGCCUAUUUUGCUACUCUUAAUGUGCUGAACAUCCAUACUUAAGCGACUAGUGCAAUGACUAGUAAGCACACAAUUUAAGUCUAUUUCUCUACCCUUAAUGUGCUGAAUGUCCAUACUUAAGUGACUAGAGCAAGGACUAGUAAGCACGCCAUAAAGAUCUUUUUACGGUAAUGUUGAGGUAUCAUCAAUGCAAGCGGGUUAAUUUGUUGUCCUUAGAAAUUGUCGACCUACUGAUCGAAUCCAAAGGAAAGGAUAGGAAAGAAAGAUGGAAAGAGUUCCUGAAAUACGUGGACGAAAAUAAUCAACAUUAUGAUCCAAGAAUGAUAUCUACGGACGUGGUGGACUUUCUUUGC